AUGAGGGUAGUACCCACGGUCAAUAUUAGCUGUGUGAAACCCUACAAAGGGCUGCUGCCGCGACAGUAUGUGGACUGGCCUGAACUGGUUGUAGUCACCCAGGAAGGUGAAGAAGAAUUUGAGGUUAAACGGGUGGUGGAUGCAUGCUUGAAGUGUGGAAAAUUAGAGUUCCUAGUCCUAUGGAAGGGCUAUGGAGAUGAAGACAGAAUGUGGAAACCAAAAGCCCGUUAG